AUGAGAACGAUAGCGCUCGAAGGAAGAUGCUUUGUCAUCUCAUCUGCUCAAUUCAUGACAUCGUCCGCCUACCCAGAAGGGCAUCCGAUGCGCAUAAAACAUGGAGAUGACAAGAAAAAUAUUUCCAGCUAUGUGGACGUAGACCUAUCUCGAAUCGCCUGUGGUAAAAUGGACCUGGAUACUGUAGGUCAUUAUAGCCGUCCAGAGGUGUUCCAGCUAAUCGUCAACGAGAAACCCUGCGACGCUGUAGUGAGGCGUUAA